CCACUGCUGGCCCAGGAGAGAUGCCAAGGGCCAGUACCUGUUCGACCUUCUCUGCCACCACCUGAACCUGCUGGAGAAGGACUACUUUGGCAUUCGGUUCGUGGACCCCGACAAGCAAAGGCACUGGCUGGAGUUCACCAAGUCGGUUGUGAAGCAGAUGAGGGCCCAGCCUCCCUUCACCAUGUGCUUCCGCGUGAAGUUUUACCCCACGGACCCCGCUGCCCUGAAGGAGGAGAUCACCAGGUAUUUAGUCUUCCUGCAGAUAAAAAGGGAUCUCUACCACGGCCGUCUCCUCUGCAAGACUUCGGAUGCUGCUUUGUUGGCCGCCUAUAUCCUUCAAGCCGAGAUCGGGGACUAUGACCCAGGGAAGCACCCGGAGGGCUACAGCUCCAAGUUCCAGUUCUUCCCCAAACACUCGGAGAAGCUGGAGAGGAAAAUCGCGGAGAUCCACAAGUCAGAGCUGAGCGGGCAGACACCAGCUACUUCAGAGCUGAAUUUCCUCAGGAAAGCCCAGACUCUGGAGACCUACGGGGUGGACCCACACCCUUGCAAGGACGUGUCGGGGAACGCGGCGUUUUUGGCCUUCACUCCCUUCGGUUUUGUUGUUCUGCAGGGAAACAAGAGAGUUCACUUCAUCAAGUGGAACGAGGUGACCAAAAUGAAAUUCGAAGGGAAGACUUUCUACCUGUACGUAAGUCAGAAAGAGGAGAAGAAGAUUGUUCUCACCUAUUUUGCCCCGACACCAGAAGCCUGCAAGCACCUCUGGAAGUGUGGGAUAGAAAACCAGGCUUUCUACAAGUUGGAGAAGUCGAGCCAGGUCCGGACGGUGUCCAGCAGCAACUUGUUCUUCAAGGGAAGCCGGUUCCGAUACAGUGGCCGCGUCGCGAAGGAGGUGAUGGAGUCCAGUGCCAAGAUCAAGAGGGAGCCCCCCGAGAUCCACCGGGCAGGGCUGGUGCCGAGCCGGAGCUGCCCCUCCAUCACCCACGGCCCCCGGCUGAGCAGCGUGCCCCGCACCCGCAGGAGAGCCGUCCACAUCUCCAUCAUGGAAGGCCUGGAGUCCCUGCGUGACAGCGCCCACUCCACUCCGGUGCGAUCGACCUCCCAUGGCGACGCCUUCGUCCCCCCCGGCCGGGGCGGCCGCGCCGAGAGCAGCGAGCGGGUGGCCGUCAUCGCCGACGAGAACUACAGCCCGGCGGACAGCGUGCUGCCCACCCCGGUGGCCGAGCACAGCCUGGAGCUGAUGCUGCUCUCGCGACAGGCCAACGGGGCCCCGUGCAGCAUCGAGGAGGAGAAGGAGUCGGAGGCGGGCACGCCGGCAGCGGGCGAUGCGGAGGAGGCGGGCGGGGAGCUGCGGGCCCUCUGCCCGGGCGCCGGCGGCCUGGGGGCGGCGCAGGCCGAGCAGGUGAAUAAGUUUGUUUUAAGUGUCCUCCGUUUGCUCCUUGUGACAGUUGGACUCCUCUUUGUUUUGCUCCUCCUCCUGAUCGUCCUUACCGAGUCCGACCUUGACACUGCCUUUUUCCGUGAUAUCCGCCAGACCCCCGAGUUCGAGCAGUUCCAUUACCAAUACUUUUGUCCCCUCAGGCGAUGGUUUGCCUGCAAAGUCCGCGCCAUGGUAAACCUGCUCAUUGACACCUGAAGGCAGGAGCCGCCACCUAACUAUGCCGGGGGCCCGGGGAGAGACCCGCCGCCGUCCUUCGGCCCCCUCACUAAUCCUCCCCUCCCGACCCACGGCGCCUGCCGGGAGGAAGAGGGGGGUGGGCGCAGAUCCCCCCCUGCCCGGGGCCUCCUCCUCCUCCUCCCCGCUGCUCCCACCCCCGGAGCCCGCACAGCACCCUCCGUCCCGACCCCCACAGACGCCCGCAGGACUUGGGAAGCACCGAGCAGAGAGAGGAGUUUGUUUUGCUCUGGCCGCCCGCCACGGCACGAUGCUGUGUCACGCAGGAGCUUUGGCAAUGGUGCUACUCAGCCUUGAUUUACACACUCCUGUACUCCUACGCUACGAAAUCCGCCACCGUGCACAUCACCCGAGCACCGCUUCGCAGAAACCCUUCCCUGCUGCCCGGAGUCUCCUACACGGGAUGCGCGGUGUGAGGCCGACGGGGAGCACCGACCAGUGAAGGGAACCCUUGCCCCGCGCCACAGCAUCGACCAGCGAAGGGCAACCCUCACCCCAUGCUACAGCAUCGUCCCGCCAAGGGCAGCCUUCGUCCCACAUUGCAGCAUCGACUGGGGAUGGGAUCCUUCACCCUGCACCACAGCAUCACGCAGCCCUCGUCCCGCUCCACAGCAUCACCUGGGGAAGGGAGUCUUCACCCCACACCACAGCAUCACCUGGGGAAGGGAGUCUUCACCCCACACCACAGCAUCACCUGAGGAAGGGAGUCUUCACCCCACACCACAGCAUCACCUGGGGAAGGGAGUCAUCACCCCACACCACAGCAUCACCUGGGGAAGGGAGUCAUCACCCCACACCACAGCAUCACCUGGGGAAGGGCAGCCCUGGCCCCAUUGCCGCAGCAUCACCCAGGGAAAGGAACCCUGGCCCCACAGCACAGCAUCGCCCAGAGAAGGCCAGCCCUGGCCCCAUGGACUCGACCUCUCCCCAUGGCUUCUGAGCCUGGCCGGGGCGGUGCUCCCCGGGGUAGGGAGGGCAGAGCUCACCGGGCACCCCCAGCCAGUGCCGGGUGCGCAGCCAGCAGUGACCGUGUCGGAUUUAUUAGGAAGACCUUCAGCCUCUGGGAGUUCUACCUGUUUUGUACAAAAAAAAGAAAAAAAGAAAAAAAAAAGAAAAAAAAAAGACUGUUUCAAGGUCUAUUUUAACAACAAAAUGCUAUUUUAUUAUGGAAUCUAAUCAAGUCUUUUUUUACUUUUCGGCUCGGUGGCAGCGGUCAGUGACCCCGCUGAACCAAGUGGGGGGCACUGAGGAAACGGCUCGGGAGGAAGCACGUUUGUAGCCUGGAAGCCUCACAGCAGAUGAACCCGGCGCUGGGUUGGGGCUAGAGGAAGGAGCUAUAAUUUUGUGACUUUCCUGAAGGUAAAAAAAGGCCAGAACUGCAGGAGUGGAGGUGACACUGAACAAGCCAAUGGACAGCCAUUAGACAUACUUGUUGUUAAGCAAAAAUCAAUAAAAGCAACUCAUCACGCUUGUGACGUAACCACCGGGACCUUCAGUUACCUGGGGAGCAGCAGUUUAUUUCCACAGGGAGCAAUAAAAGCCAGUUCUGUUAAGUUUUUGGUUGAGAAGUUGGACAUACUUAAAAAAAAAAAAAAAACAAAACACAAAAAAAAGGUAAAAACAGGUGAGCGAGUUUUAUUUCAUCUCAGGGAGAGAUUUUACGUAAGCUGGG